AGGCUACGUGAAAACAUGAUCCCCGUCCCCCCCAUUUGAUGAGUUUUUGAAUCUGCCGCGUCGACGCAGGAAGGUUAGACAAGAAUUUUCGUUCUACUCGAAACCCUCAGUAGUCACUGAACACCUUCAGCAAAGCGAUUUCGUUUGAGAAUUUUAUUUAAGUACUCCUUCUCGCCAAGAUUGCGAUUCUACACUUGCAAACAAAAAAACAGCACUACAUGUCAAUAGAUACUCGUGUAAAUAUAGUCACUCGUGUAAAUAUUCUGAAUGCUAAGUUAACUUUUACUACUGCGAUGCAUAAUUUUGAUAUGUACGAUACUUACCCUUACUCUUCAUGUUGAUGAUGAGGUUGGUUUCUCCCUGACGGCCACCGGUCUGUCUCAACAAUGUCGCAGCAAAAAGGGGGCUCGUCCUCCUCUUCCCCGGGUACGCUGGCCAAAACGCCCAGCGAAAAUUUCCGACCCGGCGUUUUUUACCGAAGACUGGGAAACGAUGUGGCGGCCGCGGCGUUGGCGACGCUAGCGUUGUCGCCCUUCGUUUGCGUGAUCGACAAAAGCAUCAUUUCGAACGCAUCCGGCAGGCAGAGUCUCGGGUCGUGCCUGAGCGAAAACUUUCGUCUGCUCUUCACGCGGCCCCAUCGAUUCGCGCUCUUGCCGGAAUACCAUCUCAUUUACGGGGUAAGUACCUACAAUGUGAUUGAGUUUGGUGAUGCUGACUGUGAAGAUGAUGGACAACUUGAUACAGGCUCUCGAGCUCCCCCACGUUUCAAGCAAGAGAAAGGAAUGUUUCACCAGCACAACACGUAAUUCGAGCCUCUUAUUGACUCCAGUUGUAAUAUCGUGAUAAAAAAAUCAAAAAAGGUCUACCUCGCCACCUACAUGUCUGCAAACAUGACGGAUACCAUCUGCAAGGAGCAUGGGAUAAAUCCGCUUUCACCGGUUUUCUUCGCUACCUCCGCAACGAACAUGGGAUUCUCGAUUAUGAAGGACCGGGCUUUCACACGUAUGUUUUCCACGUUGAAAAGUCCCAAACCCCUGCCGCUCCUGUCCUACGCACUCUUCGCCGUGAGGGACUCGCUGACGAUUCUCGGAUCUUUCACUUUGGUGCCGUUUGCGGGGAAAAAGUAUUUCGAGUGGAUGAACGACGACAGUAAUAGUUCUGCCGCCGCUGCUGGGAACAGUUCGAGUAGAACCAGACCAGCACCGCUACCUGUCACAGCGCUCGCCGCCUCACCGGGAGGAACGAAUAGUGCGUCUGGGCUGCAGCAGAGUCGGAAGAUUUCGCAAGCUGGGGCACUGAACCUAGCGCAGCUCACGUGCCCGAUGCUGAUCCAACUGGUGUCCACGCCACUUCACCUGACGGCACUGGACUUGUACAACCGACCACAGGCCACGGCCGGCUCGAGGCUCGCCUUCGUGGGGUCGCAGUACCUCGGCGCCAUGACGCUGCGAAUGAGUCGCAUAGCACCCGCGUUCGGCUUUGGCGGAUUGGGAAAUAGGAUCCUGAGGGAAAGCUUCAACGCCGAGCUGCUGGAACCAGCGAUACCCCCGAGCGAUCCAGGUGAGCUUCACAAAGAAUCGAGCGUAGGCACGCUGGCGCGCAAGCAUACCGCCUACCACACAUAAAACUUUAAAUUGCUAAGCAACCGAAGGUAGACGAAAUUUGGAAUUGACGCAGAAUUGACACAAUUUUCUAACCAUAUCGCAUACGAAGUUUCCUGGAAAUAAAACAUCCUUUCUGUCGCAGGCUGUUGUGGCGUCUCAAAGUGUAGGAACUUAUUUUCCGCGGUCACUCGGUCGCCUAUUGCAAGCUCAAUGUCAUGACCCUCAUGUUUUUUUGUUUGCGAACGAGAGAGGCUCCGGCUCGGUAGCUACUAUGAAGACAACACAUCGUUUGGCGAAUGCGAAUCAGAAAAAGACACAACAGAUGUCGGUCUCGUGCAAAAGUUUUGGAAUUUUUUUCUUGAGGGAGAUGAUAAUAAACACUUUUUUUUCUGCUUGCAACCUUCUUAUAUCG